UGUGAUAUGACUAACCUGUCUAAAUAUAAACAUUUUAUUUUAAAGCAAUCCAAAUUAUAGGUACAACUUAAAUUUUUGCUUAGAGAAAAACCUCUUUGGAACCAUGAGUAAUAGCUUGGCAUUUAAGAAGAUCCAUCAUGUCCUGGUAGUCCUUUCGGAUACGAAGCGACUUAACUACAUCGAAGAGAACCACUUAAACGGCGAGAUAAAGGUGCUGGACAACAGAACGAUGCUAGUCCGGUUGCCAAAUACUUCCCUCAAAGUGGAGGCCAUUGAUGAUUCUCCGCGGUAUUAUCGACAGCUGGAAUUUGAUGCGAUUGGCUAUGAUUUCGAGCCGCAAUUGCGAUUGGAGUUGAAUGGGUUCAUGGGCCAAAUGUUUCGCCAACGGUGCCACGGAAGUCUAUUGCGUCUCACGUCGCAGAGAACUCACAACCCAAACUUGCUGACCCGCCUGCUGGUCACGGAGGUCGACAAACUGAUGGUGGACCUGCGCAGUAGGAUUAGAGCCAUAAAUGUGGACUACUUUGAUGUGCGCAAGUUCGACAUGGUGAACCUGCUGGUGGACCCCGCGUCCGUGGCCAAUCGCCAGCGGCUCCUGCAGUCCGGAAAGAGCAUGCAGAGCACGAGGGAGCUGUUUCAGUGGUUAGUCAAUGACUUUAGCACCAUACGAGCCCGCGGGAUGGGUGAUGACUACCUUGACUUUGAGUUUAUAUUCCGCGAUUCGCAACAAAAUCAGCACAAGAUCCAUCUGGCCAUAUUCCAGAUAUUUAGUAGUGAACUGCGACCGGAUGUGGCAGAUUUCUUUAAAAACUUACACCAGGGCAGGCAGGGCAAGAGCACUCUGCUGAAUGACUGCCUCAAGGAGUCCUUCGACGUGAAAUGCCCAAUUCCGGCAGUGGUUAUGUUUGAACUGCCCAUGGCCCUUGAUCUCAGCGAUACCAGGCGUAAAAUCCUCAAACUGGCCGAUUCCGCCUACAGUGCCCUUUCAAAAUCCCAGAAGCCACCAGUGCUAUUACCGAAGCCAGAACCCAAACAUAUGUCCCACAGUUCCACCAGUCUGGGCAAAGUGAUUCAUCCUCCUAGCGCCCGCACCUCGGUGAAAUCGGUACCAGACUGUUCUCUGUUUCACUGGCGGCGUACUGCCAAGUUCUCGGAGGAGGACUACAAUGGACUGGCCUACUGGUACGGACGCAUUGACUCAAAGUUCGCAGAGCUGAAGCUGGCCAUGGAGGAUCACUUCAAGAAUAUGUAUAAAAAGAAGUUGAGCGAAAUCCGCAGUGAGUUGCGGUCCAUUCAUGAGGAUAUGGUUACAGGAUUACUGGACGAUCAGUGCGGUGGUGACGGAGAGCGAGCACAGAGGGAUUCCGAUGACGGCGAAACUAACCGGGAGACUUAUGAGGAGUUACUAAAACUCUUUCAGAAACUAGCAUCUGACGCCGCAAAAACGGGCUACGCCUCCACUCUGAAGGUCUAUAUCAGUACGAAGAACUACGAGCUAACCGAACAGGAGAAGAAAGUCAAGCAGCGGGAAAUAGAGAAUCUACGGCUCAGCUUGAUUCAGUACAUCACUGCCCAGGAUUCGAAAAUGACCGAGGAAUAGAGGUUUAUGCAGAUGACCCUGGAGUACCAAGUACUCCAGCAGCAUCUCCAUAAACUUGUAUUCCGAAUGUGAGACAAAGACCAUCCAAUGUUUACUUAAUCGUUCUUAUUUUCAGAAAGACAGAGGUUUCGUAAGGGUAUACAUAUAAUAUAAUAUAAUAUACAUUUAUAUAUAAAUACAAUAUUAUUGUCAACAAUAUGUUUCAUAGUAGUUAAACGAUUCCCCAGCUGCGGCUCCAUAUAAUGUGUAACAGUUAAAUAUGUUAGUUGAAUGCUAAAUAGGCAAUAAUAUUUUUAUACGAAUAACAUCUGGAGCUAGUUGCUCCGUUAAUGCCAAAACACUCAAAGCAACAACAACUAAUCAAUGUUGAAAUCAAUUCUAGGUCAAAUGGUUAAUUAGACAACAAUUUCCAUUUAGUGUUAUUUUCAAUAUUCAUUCGUAUUAAUAUGUAUGUUGGCAAUGUUCCUGUUCUCGUUCAACAACUUUAAAGCGUUUCUCUUGUCGGAUAUGUGGAUUGGGCGAUGGUCUGUGGGUAUCGGAGGCCAUAAGGUAGCUUCAAGAUUCAACCAGGAUUUGUACUCGUGGCAGUUGUUGCAGGAUGGACUGUCUAUGAUGCACAAAUGAAACCUCAAACUGAGUAACCUAAAUUAGCUUUUAACUUACACCAAAUGAAGAAAAUCUCUGUGCCACUUAAUCUACACUUAAUAAAAUGAAGAAAUCAGAUGUGAAUUAAAAUAUUCAUAAACUCUAGUUGUGAACUCUAGCUGUGUUGUCCCUUCUCUUGGGUAUGCUUAAAUCCUUAUUUAUAUUUAUAAUUUUAGUCCAAAGCUGCGCCUAGAGCAGGUUUCUAAAAUGCGGAAAUGUGUGAAAUGCUUUCGAUUUUUUAAAGUAAUUUAUCAUUAAAGUUUAACAGUUUUUUUUUGUUGAGAAUUUUGUAAAAGACUCCUUCUGCUUGCACAGCUCGAUAAAAAUGAUUCAAAAUUCAAAUUCAAA